GACCUGUUCCACGCAGACCUGCGCCGGCGGCAGCUGAUGUUUGCCGCCUUUGACCGAGUGGACCUCCGCUUCGCGCAGCUCGACGGGGCAAACAUGAGCCACGCCGCCUUCACCCGCGCCGACUGCCACAACGCCAGCUUCCGCGAGGCGGGGCUCCAGGAGGCGCACUUGCUCGCCUCGGAGCUAGUAGCCUCGGAGCUCGUCGGAGCCUCGUUUGCGCGCGCGACGAUGACGUCGUGCAAACUCGGGAACGUGCGGCUCGCCGGAGCCGAUUUGAGCGACGCGGAUCUGAGGAAGGCCGAUCUGCAGAGCGCCGAGGGGGCGGACGUCACCUUUGUACGCGCUCGGCUCGAGGGCGCCAUCGUCUCCGCCUCGUCCUUCACGCGCGCCACCUUCUCCUCGGCGGACCUGAGGGACAGCCGGUGGGAGCAGACGGAUCUCUCCGACUCGGUGUUCACGCGCUGCCAAUUCAGCAGAGCGGCGAUGGCGGGCAGCAAGCUCUCCCGCGUCGAGCUGAGCGACGCCGACCUAUCGGACGCCGACCUCUCGGGCUCCUCCUUCAAGUCGGCCAAGCUCCGCCGCGCACGCCUCGAACGCACGGUCCUCCAGGGCACCGAUCUCUCCGGCGCGGACGCCACCGAUGCCACCUUCAGGUCGGCAGUCCUUGACAAGGCCAACCUGGCGGGCGCGACGCUGCGCGGCGCCAGUUUCGCAAACGCAAAGAUCGCCGGCGCGCGGCGGCCCCGACGAAUCCUCCCA